GGCCUCUCGCCUGUGCCAGUGGGAAUACCAGGCCUUUGGCUGUGUGGCCUCUCCUUGGUUUGUGGCAAUUUAACACAGAGGAGAACUUUGGCUUCCGGCUGGAAACUAGAGGACAUUCUUCUUCAGGAUAUUCAGUUGCUGACCUAAAAGCUUCUUUGCACUGUACCCCUGAGCACCAGUGGCUGGUCUCCUCUACCGAAAGCAGAGGCCUACUUCGGCUCGACGAGGCCUGUCUUGGUUGUGCCGGACGGAAACUCCGUUUUGCUUCCUUUCCCCCCAGCUCGGCUUGAGGAAAGGCCCAACGGCUCAGAAUGAGACAGCUGAAAGGGAAACCCAAAAAAGAGACCUCCAAAGAUAAAAAAGAGAGGAAGCAGGCGAUGCAAGAAGCGCGGCAGCAAGUCACGACCGUGGUGCUUCCGACGCUGGCCGUGGUCGUGCUUUUGAUCGUGGUGUUCGUUUACGUGGCAACCCGCCCAAACACAACCGAAUGACGCCAUUUUUGAAUUCUGUAACUUUGGGUCUUCCCGCUCACCUGCGACCCUGCCAAGAGCCAAAAAAGAAAACCAAGAAGAGGAAAAAAUCCUCUUCUGACCCCCCCCAGUCAUUAACUAUUCUUUGACAAAGGAAUCUUCUUUUUUUAAUCUUCUUUCUCUGACUUGAUUCAAGCUCCACAGUAUCUCUUUCUCUCGGAAUAUAAUGUGUAAAACGUAUUUGCUGCUCCGCAAAAAAAUUUGCGUUUUAUGGUCCCACUCAUGUGCCUUCUAGACUUCAACUUGGGGGGGGGGGGGAAGAUUUCCUUUUAUAGCCCUGUGUCGUAAGAGGGGAUUCCUUUUUGCUUUCUCAGUUUGUAUCAGUCGGCUUCAAAUGAUUGGCGGCGUUGUUGGCAGUGUCCGUGAGCUUGUGUCUGUUCAACUUUCCACAGCUUCCAAAGAAGUGAAUUUUCCCUCCCUUUAUUGAUUAUACAAUGGCAUUUGAAAUCAUUUGACUAAAAGAAAAAAAUAUUUAUUUUUGGAAUAAAAAAGACGAGUCUUGCAGGAAAAGUCUCCAUUUUGUGUGGCUCCGAAAUACUUAACCUGUGUCACAGGCAUAAGCAACCCUGACACGCUAGGCUGUUUGAUUGGCACCCAGGACCAGAUCUGUGCCGUAACACAUGAGGCACUGGCAGGACUGCUGGGGGCAGUGGUACGGGAGAAGGCACCAGACAUGGUGUAUGCCCAUCGUAGCUUCCCAGACCUGUUGCAGCCACCAGCAGUGUCCAAAGCAAAUUCUUGAGUUACUGGCAGUGCUGCUGGAACUUGGCUUGUUCUGAUCAUGUCCAGCCAAAUACCCUCCUCAUCCACCUCCCCAUUUUGGCUGCCUGCCUACUAACGUCUUCACAGGUAGAUGGUAGCAUUUUUUUCAGCAGACUCUAAUCUGGGAGAGUCGGGUUUGAUUCCCCACGCC